AACCAAUAAAAGAGAUGAGUGGAGCGCGUGCAUCAGAUGGGUCACUGAAUUAGCUUGUGAAGGUUAGCCGCAACGCUAGCCCCAUUUUGACGUUUUUAUGGGCACAUUUGUGGAAAAAUAUUCACGAUGCGGGAAUAGCUCUGCGUCAGCAAAGAGAGGAAGUUUCCAGACAUCUGCUGAUUCCAGCCCAGCUGCAUCUGCACAAAUAAAGUCAAAGACCUUUUUGUUUAUCUGCCCGGUCUGCUGCAAACAAAGCUGCUGGAAAUGAUAAGAAGACAUCUCCUUUACAAGAUUAUAAUUUCUUUUCUUUAGGUUCGCCACCACUUUAGACUUGGCCCUCAGAACCAUCCUUGCUGCUGUAUUUUAUCAGUGUAAUGGCUAUUCUAUUCCUCUUUUUGGUCUAUUUAUCCCAUCAUAAUGUUGAUUCCUUUCUUCUCCCUCAUUAUUUUUGAACUCUGAGUCUGCUGAUGUGCUGUUUAACAAAAAUCACUAUUCCUAUUGAAUAACUGAGAAAGAUGAGUUAUGGACAUCAUUUUAAUUCCUUUUAAAUUUAUUUUAGAUUAAUGUAAAUGAGUGGACCUGUUGUGUGAUUUGCCGGAGGUUGCAAAACAAGCGAACCGCGAACAUUUCUAAUGAAGUCAAACCAGACUGAAACGGGUGGAGAAGCUGAGGAAAGCAAGGCCCUGGACCUGCUUGACAACAGGAAGCUUAACAAUGUUACAGAAGAUGAUAAAAGUGAGGAUGAAGAGGAGGAGGGGAGAACAGUUCGCAUUCCCCGGUAUCGCUGGGUAAUGCAUGCCGCAGUGAUGUUUGGACGUGAGUUUUGCUACGCCAUGGAAACAGCUCUGGUGACGCCAGUGCUUCUACAGAUAGGUCUUCCCGAGCAGUAUUACAGUUUAACCUGGUUUCUCAGUCCCAUCCUGGGUCUUAUGUUCACUCCAUUGAUCGGCUCGGCCAGUGACCGCUGCACUCUGCGAUGGGGCCGGAGGAGACCGUUCAUUCUAGCUCUUUGCAUGGGAGUGCUGCUCGGUGUGGCGCUAUUUUUAAACGGAUCUUUGAUCGGCCUUUCUGUCGGCGACAGUCCAAACAGCCAGCCAAUUGGUAUCGUCCUUACUGUUGUUGGUGUUGUGGUGCUGGACUUCUGCGCCGAUGCCUCUGAGGGACCAAUCAGGGCUUACCUUCUUGACGUUGCUGAUGCUGAUGAGCAAGACAUGGCUCUGAAUAUACAUGGCCUCUCUGCUGGACUUGGAGGAGCAGUCGGCUACAUGUUGGGGGGCCUUGACUGGAAGGGCACAGCUCUGGGUAGAGCCUUUAAAUCACAAGAACAAGUCCUCUUCCUGUUUGCGGGGAUUAUCUUCAUUAUUUCUGUCACACUACAUAUGCUCAGUAUCCCUGAGAGGAAUUGUGCUGCACCCAAACAGCUGAAAGGUGGAGAAGAUGAAGAGUCUUCCAGUCAGUUGUCUGUAAAACUGGUUGGCUCCACACGACCUUCUCUCGAUGCCAUUGCAGAAGAGGAUGCGUCUUCCUUAGAGGAGAAAGAAUCACAUCCUGAGGACGGGGAAAUGGAUUUCCAAGCUGUGGACAGAGUUCGGAGUAAAAGUGACUCAGUCCUCGCCAUGCCCGACGCUACGAUCGAGUUGGACUCUGACCUUCAUCUGGACAGGCAGGUUUUCAUGCCUGAGAUGCAUUUUUUACCAGACAAUCUGGACAAUGCCUUUAAGCCAUCAGGCACCGGUGUGACGUCGUCCUCUCCUGUCGACCCCCUGUCCCUCACUGAUGGGACGGUGCCUACAAAUCCAGAUGUGCCUCAAAUAAAGGGUCCGACGAACGGCCAGCCUUCUUUCCCUCAGAACAGUUCAGCCUCAGAGAAUACACACCACGAUAGAGGUGCUAAUGGUGUUAGUGCUGGCUUCUCUUCUCGUGCCCUAAAUACAUUUAAAUGCCACCCCUUCACCAAACCUGGGACCCGCCCUGCCAAUACAUCUGUUUCAUCACGCCAACAUCCACCAACCUUCUACAGACAGCCCUCCUUCACGUUUUCAUACUAUGGUCGAGUGGGAUCACAACGCUAUAGACUGCGACGCGCAAGACCCACAAGCCCUCAACCGAUCACUAUCUCCCGCAGUCUGACUGAUCUGCGGAACAUCCAGCGGCCCAUGCAGAAAAGAGAGAGGCAGCCAUCUGUAGGCAGUCUUUUAUCUGAGGGCUCCAGCAGUGACGAGGAAACAGAGAUGGGCACAACUGUGCGGCUGCUUUGGCUGUCCAUGUUCAAGAUGCCAAAGCAGCUCUGGAGACUGUGUGUUUGUCACCUUUUUACAUGGUUUUCCAUUAUAGCUGAAGCUGUGUUUUACACUGACUUCAUGGGUCAGGUCAUUUACAGUGGAGACCCUAAGGCACCUGCUAAUUCCACAGAGCUACAAAAUUAUCACAAAGGAGUACAGAUGGGGUGCUGGGGACUGGUGGUGUAUGCUGCUACUGCUGCUGUCUGCUCUGCCAUUCUUCAGAAGUCUCUGGAUAAUUUUGACCUGAGCAUAAGAGUCAUCUAUGUUGUGGGAACUCUGGGAUUCUCGAUAGGAACUGGGAUUAUGGCAAUCUUCCCUAAUGUUUACGUUGCCAUGGUGAUGAUCAGUAGCAUGGGAAUCAUCUCCAUGAGCAUCUCGUACUGUCCCUAUGCUUUGCUCGGGCAGUACCAUGAAAUCAAAGAGUACAUUAACCAUAGUCCAGCCAACACUCGAAGAGGCUUCGGUAUAGACUGUGCUAUACUGACCUGCCAGGUUUACAUCAGCCAGAUUUUGGUGGCAUCAGCUCUGGGAUCCGUGGUCGACGCCGUAGACAGCGUACGUGUCAUUCCGAUUGUGGCCUCUGGGGGCUCCUUCCUCGGCUUCCUUGCUGCAUGUUUCCUAGUAAUCUAUCCUGACCCAGAGCCCAGCGGCUCUGAGCAGGAUCAGGAUUCUGAUGCUCCACCUGGGGAGGUGGAUCAGGAUGGUGAAAGGACCAGUGACCAGAGGAUAGCUCUGCUCAACCUCACAGACCAGACCAGAGAAGACUCUGCUGCCUGAGGGUAAAAGACUGCCAUGAUGGUUUUACUCAAAAACCAAAAGACCCCUCAUGUGUGGGUUUGACCAAACUUGGCGGGCGUGCAUAUGUGAUGGACCACGCUUUAUAGAGCAGCAAAGAAACAAAAAGAGGGAAAAAUGACAUUCCAUCUAGUAAAAAUGUUGGAGGGCUAGAUUUAGAUUACGUGAUGUGAAGUGGAGAGUUUAAAGGCAAUGCCAUCUUAUGCUGCUCUGUUUGUACAGUUACUACCUCAACACACAGAAAAUAAUGUUUAGCUAAUAAAAUAAUAGCCCAUAAAAAUAAAAACCCAGGCUUUAGCUGUUUGGUCAAACUACGGAAAUUUAUUUAGUCCAGACUACAGGAAGCACAAAGCACUUUGAUUUUCAAACAGUGCUGCCACGCUGAUGGUGCCAAAUAUCACCAAUAUGUCACAUUUUACUCUCUGCUGCUGCUUCUUAACUGCCAAAUGGACAAUCAUAAUGCUGUAGAGGGGACACUUGGUGCAACUCUGCAUCAUUUUAGGCUGAAUACAAGUGUAAAUAUUCCCGUUCUGGAAGAAAUUCAUGGACAUUUCAAUGCUAUUUUACAAAUGCCAAAAACUGUUCAAAGGUACAAGCCUCCUGAGUUUAUUCUAGUUGCAAAAACGUUAUACAAUCAAACCUAGGAUUUUUCAAUUGUCAUAUUGUUGUAAAUAGAUGUGUUCAUAAUGGCAUUUUAGCAUCACACUUGAGUCUCCAGGGAGAUUUUUUCAAUUUUUAAGUCAAAUUUUUUCUGAUUUAAGUUGAUCUCUCAGGGUGUUUUUGUUUAAAAAAAAAUAAUAAUAAUUUUGACUGAGAAGCUCAUUUUGUAUUGUUAACAAUUUCAAAUUUGUAAGCUGUUUUUUGAAGAUGAGCGAAAAGGAAGUGGAGCAUUGGAGACAAAACGGAUUUAUCGUGGCUGUAUCUUUGUGCAUUUUCCUUGAAAGCAAACUGACCUUUACCCUGCUGAACAUACUUAUGAGAACUGGAUGUAGCUGUAAAGCUGUCCUGUUACAGAGAACACACAAGGGAACGCAUUGUUCAAUAAUGGUGAGCAUGCAAGCCGAAAGAAACGUAAUAAUUACAGAAAUCGGCGUGUUUAAUAUUUGAAGCAUACUUUAAGUUCCCAAAGAGCAUUUAACGUUUGUCUGAGCUCCAGCAAAGCUACUUUAAAUAUGGUGGAGAUUCAAAAAGCAGACCUUUAAACACUAAAGCUCUCUAUAGAGUGUUGGUUUAACUUAGAGUUUGUCACAUGGUGCAUUAUUUCCUAGCAUCUGUAUUGCUAUGUGACAAAUGAAAGUGAGGAUCACUUUGCAUGGCUCAUCUAUGCCAAAUUUAAAAUGUCAUGAUCACUCAACUCAGGCAGAACAUCAGACCCGAUUUCCUGUUUUACAGCAUUAAAUGUUUUUGUUUUAUCCAAUGGCUUUUAUGGAAGGAGUAUACUGUAAUUUGAGGACCCCCUAAGAGCAGCUUUAUUGUCUUGUUUUCAGGCAAUGUCAGCAUUAUAAAGGGAAUAUCAGAUAUGCAAGGAGAUAUUUUGGACCAUUUUUGUGUUAAGGACCUGGACUUGUUUGUGGCAUGUCUUUUAUUUUUAGCACCUUUUUGAUUUUAGCACAGAUUUUGUUUGCUUAUACUGUUUUCAAGAAUAGACCUUUGAACUAAUAGUAUCAAAUGAUGCAGAAACACUUUUUCUUUUAACUUGGGUUUUGUCAAACUUUAGUCCAAAAAGAUCCUUCAUAUUCUGCCAUAACAUGUGAGGUUUAAAUAUUCUUUAAUCUGAGAAAGCAGAACAAUGUUUUUAAUGCUGUUACUAUAGGUUUAGUUCAAUUAUUGGUUUUUGUGAAGAACUUUUUCCAUCGUUCCCCAGAAUUCCUGUUUGUGCCAAGCUACUGUACCCACACUGUGUGUUGCCAUAGUUCUGUUUGAGAAAUGUUAUAUUUUUGAUUUGAUAAACACAUUUUUGUGUAAACUAAAA